AUGAGCUUCCAUCCCGACUCUCUUCCUGACCUUGAUGGCAAGCUUAUCUACAAGUCCAAAUCACUAAUGUUUCCACAUCAUAGGGGCUACUACACCGUAUCCCACCUCGCAGAACACGGCGCUCACGUUUACAUGUGUUCCCGAUCCCUAGAAAAAGGCACAGAAGCCAUUGCGAGCAUCAAAAAAACACACCCCUCGGCCAAUAUCGACCUUUUACAAAUGGAUCUUAUGAACCUCACUAGCGUUGUCGCAGCAGCCAAGCACUUCCUCACCCUUGAGACAACCCUACAUGGCCUGGUCAACAACGCAGGUAUCAUGGCGGCACCGUUUGACAUGACAAAAGACGGGCACGAAGCCGAGUGGCAAACCAACUACCUGUCUCACUGGGUCUUCACAGAGCACUUACUCCCAGUAAUGCUCAAGACAUCGAGAACGCUUCCUCCCGGCAGCGUACGCAUCGUCAACCUCACUUCAUCAGGUCACUUAGGCGCACCCAAGACUGGCAUCAACUUUGACAACCUGAACCUCAAGGAUGAAGGCCCAUGGCAACGGUACGGUCAGAGUAAAGUCGCCAACAUUCUGCACGCCAAAACCCUGCACAAGAUUUACGGCCCCGGCUCAGAGAAUGAUGAGGGCGAAAUUUGGACUUCAUCCGUGCAUCCUGGUCUUGUUGAGACGAACCUCUCGACGUCGGUAGAGCCGUCCGAGAAGGGCGUGUUGAGCAUCCUAUCGGCCUUGCGUGUGUUCAAGAUGUUCUGGUCUGCCGACAAAGGCUCGUGGAAUAGUCUGUUCUGUGCGGCAAGCCAGGAUAUGAAGGCGGAGCAAAGUGGACUCUAUGUCAUCGCUACAGCUCGCAGAGAAGAUGUGAUCGCUGAACUAAUUGUCGAAGGCUUUGACGCGCUGCAGUUGGACGUGGCGAGCGAGGAGAGCAUAGCUGCCUGCCAUACAGAAGUCCAAGAUAGAACGGGAGGCAGGCUGGAUAUCCUGGUCAACAACGCUGGACGAAUUCACAUCUCCCCCGCCACAGAUCUAUCCAUCCCAGACGUCCGCGCCAACUUCGACACGAACGUCUUCGGCAUCAUGGCGAUGGUCAAAGCCUUCGCGGACGAUCUCACCGCGGCCCAAGGCCUAAUAAUCAACAUCUCCUCCUGCGCCGCCGUGACGCCGUACAUGUUCGCAUCGGUCUACUGCGCCAGCAAGGGCGCCAUCGCAAGCUACAGCCGCACUCUGAGGCAGGAGCUGCGACCGUUUGGGGUCCGCGUCAUAGUCGUCGUGGCGGGCACCGUCAAGUCCAGGAUCGCUGAGAAGCCGCAGCCCAGUCUCUCGCCGGGCUCGCUGUACGCGAAGAUGAGCGAUUUGUAUGAGCGAUACGUACACCUGAGCCAGGAAGGGGGGGCAGCGGAUACGGAGGAUUUUACGGAGGAGCUGGUUGGGAAUUCGCUGAAGCCUGAGGGCUGGCUUUUCGGGCGGUCGGAUUGGUUGUGGUGUGGUGGUAUGUCGAGGAAGAUAUGGUGGGCAUUACGACUGAUUGGGGAAUGGGUCAUUGAUUGGCAGACUUGGAAGAUGUUUGGGCUGGAGAAACUAUAG